UACACGUGUUCCAUGCGUGCCCCACACGCGGGCGCGGGCGCGGCCAUAAUUACGUUCUUGACCUUAAUUGUCUGAUAUCCCGGCGGAACUGGGGAUUCGUGUGGGGGUGGCCAUUUAAAGGGGGCCCUGUCUUUCUCCUCCGUCUCCAAGCACUCGAAGCCCCCAACUGGUUGCUGGCAAAUACAACCAUGGGCAACAGUUCCAGCAAACGGAAGGCGGAACAAAAUGCAUAUGAGAUGAGGGAUAUGAGGGGUUUGGAUGACGCGGAGGCCGUCCGAACCGGACCGGACGUGGGGCCAGUGGAGGCAACCAUCAGGGCAGAGGUGGUGGCCAUCGGGGUGGCUAUGGGGGUCGGAGUCAGGGAUCAUCCGCCCGCCGCAAACAAUAGAGGUCCCGCGCAUAGUGCGCAGAUACAUUAUACGAGGUGAUGACUCAAAUAAGUACUGCUGUUUCGGUCAAGUCUCAUACGACAAGAUGGGGGUGCUGGGCUCUCCCUGCUCAUUCAUUUACUUUAAGGACCUACUCCAAUGGCUCGUGUCUUUAUUCCCUGGCAGGCCAAGACGCUGGACGGUAGUGAAGCAAUCUUUGCAUAUACUAGUUACCUAUAAAGUCAUUAACGCUCCGACUUCGGACCCAUUGUUACACUGUUGCAGCACUCAACCUGUUCACUCUGAUUCGCCGAGAAGACACUGUAAAGGUACAUCUUGCAUUCCCCGAGACUUAGUUUAGUGCGUCCGCGCGUGCGAUUGGGCACAGUCUCUUAUACAUAGGACAGCAGGGAGGCUCCAUCAGUUGUAGAUUACUUUGCCUCGUCACUCCUUGAC